AUGGUUUCAAGAAUAGACAGAAAUGAUGUUUAUGCUGAUUUUGCAAAACCUGGUGGUUGGAAUGAUCCUGACAUGCUGGAGGUAGGAAAUGGAAAGAUGAAGAAACAUGAAUACGUUGUUCACUUCAGUUUAUGGGCCAUUUCCAAGGCUCCUCUUCUUAUUGGCUGUGAUCUUGGAAAAAUGGACGAUGACACUCUAGAGAUACUGUCAAAUGCAGAGGUUAUUGCAGUUAACCAAGAUCCACUUGGUGUACAAGCUAAAAGGGUUAGGAUGGAAGGAGCACUCGAUGUUUGGGCAGGUCCUCUUUCAGAAUACAGGGUGGCUGUUCUCUUACUGAAUAAAUGGAGUGAUCGCCUUUCAGAGAUGACUGCAGAAUGGGAAGAUAUCGGCCUUGACCCUUCAACUGUUGUUCAGGCAAGAGAUCUUUGGGAGCACGAGACAUUGGAAAGACAGUUCGUGGGCAAAAUGACUGUCACUGUUGAACCGCAUUCUUGCAAGAUGUAUGUGUUGAAGCCAAUAGCUUGAAUUUCAGAACAUGUUCUUCUCAACUUUUUAUUCAUAGAGACAUCAUUCUACCUUUUUCUUACU